AUGCACCAUUCCUUUGCAGCCAAAAUCCAGGAGAGGGAAAUCCGUGUCUGGGACUGGCGAUCUGAUGACGGAUCCCCCCCUAAAAAGCUGAAAAUUAGCGGAUUGGACUUCUUUGGCUUUCUGAGAGGCCUCCGCAAGGUUUUCUCAAUCAGUCCAGAUGAGCACUUUGUCCUGGUGACCAUGGAUCCCAGAACAGUGAUUGAUCGUGAUCAGUUUGGUAACUGCAUGUGCGUUCAUGUCCACGUAGAGAGGCUUCCCAGCGGCACCACCCUGUACUUGUUGCUGAGUGAGGAUCAAAGUCUGCCGGCCGUAACUAAGGAGGAUAUCUCGUUUGUGCCCCAUUAUGACACGCUGCUCCAGAGUGGGACGUUUGAGUACUACGCCAAUAGCAAGGAGUCAUUACCUUAUGCCUUCGCCGAGCUGGUGGACAACUCUCUGUCAGCCACAGCCACAAACAAAGGAGUGAGGAGAGUAGAGAUACGAACGGUCGUGAUUUCUGCUUCUGUUUACCAGAUACUUGGCAAAACGCCCGCGGUCAUCAUUCUGGACAAUGGCCGGGGGAUGACGUCCAAGCAGCUGAACGACUGGGCGGUUUACAGGCUCUCUAAGUUCAAAAGGGAGACUGACACUUUUGAAAGUCAAAACGAGGGAUACGUUCGUCCUGAUCAUGUUCCUCGCAGCCUCAACAGUGACAUAUCCUACUUUGGAGUUGGAGGAAAAAAUGCUUGUUUCUUCAUUGGGGACUCUGUCAAGAUGAUCACCAAAUCGGCAAGUUCUCCGGAAGUCCACGAGCUGAUUCUGUCGAAAACGGAAUUUGAGAGGAGGGAGGAGAACAACGAGGACGUUUACAAAGGGACCAUCGUAAACAGGAAGGUAGGUGCCCUCUCUGUCCGCAUCUGGAAAUAUCGCUCUGGUAAAAAACGAGGUCCCUGCGACUCAUCGCACGUGUCAAAGGACGACAGCUUCCUCCGGGACGUCAUCGCCGAGGAAACCGAGAAGGAAAGCUUCACCGCCGUCGUGAUCACAGGAGUCAAGAAAGAUCACGUCGAGUACCUGAAAAAAAAUUUCCACAAGCUGGCUACUGAGCUUGCGCACGUUUAUCACUAUUACAUUCAUGGGGUUGACGGAAAUGACAAGCGAAAGGCCUCAAAACGGUCCAGCGAUUUCCUGAAAAUCGACAUUCUGCUGACUUUGUGGGACAAGUUCUCCAAAAGCCUUCCCGAUAUACACCUCCGGGAUGUGGUUGAUGACAUGCAGACGCUCUACAUCAAGACUGCAGCGGAAAGCUUUGAGUUCAGGGCCUUCGCUGACAGCGGCACAGUGGAGGGGGUCAUUCGCUACCACCCCUUCCUGUACGACACAGAGACCUACCCCAAAGAUCCAAACGCUGCUCCAGGGAAGAGGGACAUCUUUGAAUGUUACUGGAAUGGGCGGCUCAUCCCUUACACCACAGUGUCUGAGUUUGACUGGUGCUCUUGGAACAGUAAAAGUCCAGUACCUGCAGAGUGUUUUGGUCGUUUGUCUGGGGUGCUCUUCACGGACGACAGAUUCCAGGUCUCCACCAAUAAGCUGCACUUCAUGGACCUCGAGCUGAAACUGAAAGAUAAAGAAACCAUCUUCACCCCCAUUCUGAAUCCCCAGCAACAGAAACACUCCAAAAGAGGAAACAUACAGAAGGAUUUCAAGCAGUGGCUUCAAAACUGUCACGCCAAACACGACAAACAGGUGAAGUUUCGGGGCUACAAGGAGACCAUCUCCCGGCCAGAGUUAAACAAGAGAAUGCAGCAUCCCUGGGCGACGUUCUCAUCCAUCGAAUGGGACGGGAAAACAUACAGAGCAGGCCAACUUGUGAAGUCUCAGAACACGUCGCCCAUUUACCACGGCACCAUUGCCGGGUUCCUGUUGUUCGGAACCCACGGGGAAGACGUGUUUGCCACGGGAGGUCAGGUGGAAAUAAAAAGAGAGCCUGUAGCACUUUAUGGGAUGCCUAAGAUCCUGCCAAUCACCAAGAUUGACAGAAAUGCGACCAAUGAAACCAUCCAGGCAGCCAUCGAGAAGGACCUUGACAAGCUCCCAGAGAAGCUGACGGUAGACUGGCCAGAGGGAAACUCCCUGUCACCGAAUGACAUUUAUCCUGCAGGGACCGUUUUCGGCCCCCUCAAAGUUGAAAUACUGAACAGUAAGGGAGACAAGCUGUCCAGGAUUCAAACAAAGGGCCCCGGGACACCAUUAAGAAUGAGUCUUGAACUAGUCCAUCAUGGUAAGAUCGUCCACCUCGCGAAGCAAACAGGGUUUAUUCACAGCGUUUCAAAUUUUGGAGAUUAUGUGACUACAUCUCUCAUCCUUUUAGACCGUCUAACCAACUUGGGAAAGUACACGCUGACUCUGACCACCCAAGUAAAGGACUUCAAUCUCCAAAGGCCUCCGAGCUGGGCGCUGACAUUUACCGUCAAAGAGGGGGAGGCGGUCGGCUUCGCGGUGGGGGGGGUGAGACCCACGGUUCGCGUGGGCGUGCCCUUCCACAUUCCCCUGCAGAUGAAGGACCGCUUCGGCCACCAGGCGGCGCCGCCUCUUCGCCUCCAGCCUGAACUCAGAUGCAGUUAUAUGUCUGUGGACAGCAGCAAGAACACGUUCUCCAUCAAAGGCGUCAAGGCAUUAGGAAAAGUGCGCAGCGAUCAGCAAUCAGAGGUUAGAAGCAGUCUUUUUCAGACAAGACCGACCUGUCCACAAGAGAGUUUAGCUCGCUUACUUUCUUGUUUUUUUAAAAACACAUUUGUUUCUCAGGGUUAUGAACUGAGGGUGAAGCUACCUGGACUCCAAAAUGACGAGCAGACCGUGAAGAUCGUCCUUCUUCCCGGUGAGCCGCAUUCCCUUCAUGUGAAAUCAGAAGCUGCCCAACUAGAGGUUGAAAAUGGAAAUCCCGCCAUUUUUGAUGUGGAAAUUCACGACCAGGCUGGAAACAUCACCGCCAACCCCAAACAGUCAGUUAGCUGCCAGGUUGAGGGGCUCCCGCGGACCACCACGGACUGCAGCAGCACAGGCGCUGGCAGGCUAGUGACAAAGCCCAUAAACCUGAAAAUAACCAACGGAGAGCCACAGACGCUAAAACAUCUGAAGAAAGUGGCGCCGCGCUGGGCCGAGCUGAAGGUCUCGCCCAGCCGCCGGGUCUCAGCGAUGCGGCUGUACUGCGACGGCGGUGACGGUCAGCCUCUGGCGCUGCGGAACGACGACCGUUUGGAGCGGAGGGCCGGCGCGGCGCUGGGGACCCUGAGCUACCGGCUGUUCGACGAGCUGCCCGACGUCCCGGUGCCCACCCAGGUGAAGGAGGAACGCUUCUGCCAGGUGUCCUACCAGCACCAAGACGUCUCCUUCAACUUCACUGUCGUGGACACAUCGGUGAGUUUGGAGCCGGACGCUCAAAAGAGGCGCUUUCGUUUGAGCCGAACGCUUCGUUUUGACACGCGGCCCGUUUGUCGAAACAGUCGUGGAGCUCGUGGACCAGUUCGACAACGUGACCCAAAAGCUCACCCCCGCUUGUGCGCAGCUCCUGACCCUGGAGGCCGAGGGCCUCCACCAAUCUGGGGUCACCUACACGUGGCAGAUCCACAAAGUGCAAAGCUCCAGGACAGCAUCGGGAGCGGCGGCUCUGUUCGGGUGGCAGGAUUGCGCUUCGACUCGGGGCCUCCGGGGGCCAGAGACCUGAGCUUCCGCUGCGGCCGCUAUGAGGGGACCUCCAGCCUCAGAGUGACCCCCGGACAGAUCCACAAAGUGCAAAGCUCCAGGACAGCAUCGGGUUUCUGGGAAUUUCAGAAACGAGCUUUCUCGUUGGUGGUGGUGUCGGACGAAGGGAGCCCGGUCACAACGUUCAGCCCCACCGCCGUGGCCAUGUUUGUGAAGAGGGAGGGGCCAUCGGGAUCCCCACAAACGGUGUCCGAGCUGAAGUGCAGCAAGCCGAUGGAAAACGACAAGCCGGACCGUUUUUACUUCAGAGACAAAAAAAUCCCAGAACGUGUUGGAAAGUACGUCGUAGACUUCUCGUUGAGCGUCGACCAAACCAACGUCCUGCGCAGCAAACAGGUGCGUUUGCACGUGGUCAGAAAACCUCCCGAGAAACCUCCCAAAAUACCAGAAGCGAUCUUCUCCAUUUCCCAGAUCUGUGUAGAUGUCGUGGCCAAUCGGGCGGUCCAGCUGGCCCCCGACUCCCCGCCGGCCCCGCCCGUGGUCUCCCACAGCGGAGACCCCUCCGGCCGGACCCUGGUCAAGAGCAUGGCUCUGCAGGUUCAGGUAGAGCCGGGUUCCUCCCCCCGGCCGUCGGAUGCGUUUGGAAACCCGGCGGUGCAGGACCUGACCGGGACGGUUGUGGUCAGCAUAAAGCGCCCCGAUCCGGGCAGAGACGUCCCGCUGUUCGAGCGGAGGAUGGACCGCGUUCGGGUCAGCCUGGACAAGGGAAGAGCCCACAUCCUGGUGGGUAACGGUACUCGGGGGACAUAUCUUUGGAAAGUACUGCUCCUGACCAUUAUGUUGUUCCAUUCUCAGGGCCUGGCCAUCAUGGAGAACAGCCCCGGUCAGAACGACAGCCAGUACGUCCUCCUCUUCCAACCGGAGGUGCCCCUGUCUAUUACAUCAGGUCAAGUCGCGACUACAAAACAGAAAGAGGUCGCCCUGAGAGAAGAGCUAGUGAGAAGGAACAUGGACAUUGUGGGACCUUUAUCUGUAAGUUAUUUCCCCAACCCGUUCUCUGUUUUGAUUUUUCUCAGUAGAGAAGAAAUUUGUGCAUUUGUACAUUCUUUGAAGACUUCAGAUAUCGACAAGCUCCUCGAGGAGAAGAAAACUCAAGCUGAAAAUCUUCAAAAACAGACCCGAGUGUCUUCCAUCCCGAAUAACUUCAGUGGACCCGACGUCCUGGGGACGGUCGCCCACCUGGCCGUUGUCGAGGACGACGAGGCCGCGCGGGUCAUCUCCUGGCACCUGAGAGGCGACAUGGACUGCGUCGUCACGGCGACCACGGAGGCGGCUCAGAGAAUACACAAAGACACCCGGGGAAACCAGCAAGUCCUGCCCCUGGACGGCUUCCUGGAACCAGACGACAGACCGCUGCCACACCUCAGGAACGGCCACAGUCUCUUCGACCCCCCUGGGAACCCGGUUCAUGCCAGAAAAUUGCUGAUUUACCCCAAUGAGAAGGAGAAAUGCAACAAGGACACGAUUCUGAUGGACGACCUGGAUUCGGCGACCCGGUACCGAAAAAUGCUGGUGGAGAGACGGAUCCGCUGUCCCGCCAUACUGACCAGAGGGGGAGACCUGGUCAGCGCCAGAGGGAAGUUCGGGGGCCAACUGCUCGCUCAGUACCGUGAGCUCAUCACAAAGGUGAAGAUGGCAGAAAAGGAACUAGAAGAUCAUGCACAGACAGACGGAGCCCCUGAAAUGCAGCGAAAACGAGAAAAACAGGAAGAGUUGAAGAAGCAGCUGGAUGAAAUUGACAGAGAACUCGCCUUCUUAUCGGUGAGAUCUGGGAAACGGGUUCUCGAGAGUGCC